AAGCCCACAAACAGUUGAUGAAGGGAGAUUUCCUUUCUGACCAGCAGAGACGGGAUUUCCCCAAGUUUCCCGGUAGAUGGUGACUUCUCGCGAGAUAUUUUUUCCAGGAGAGCGCUGUGACGUCACCACAGGACGUGCGCGUUCACAACAGCCGCGCCGCCUGGCGAAGCGAGAUGAAAAUAGAGCGAAAAAUCCAGCGAAAGCCAGACUGAGCUUCCUUCCAGCGCGUUUUGGAGUUUGAGCGCGGAGCGGACGUUUGUUCCUGCGGCGCCUCGUUUCUGCAGCUUUUCCCGGACUGAGAGCGUGAGGUCGGUCGGUCGGCGCAGAGGGCAGAAGUUUCCGCUGUUGUUUGGUUACUGCGGGGCGGCUGGUGAAUCCACAGGAAUGUCGCAGAAGGAGAGACCGACUUUCUACCUACAGGAGCUCAACAAAACCGUGUGGGAGGUCCCGGAGCGAUACCAGAACCUCUCCCCAGUUGGCUCCGGCGCCUACGGUUCCGUGUGUUCGUCGUACGACGUGAAGACGUGCCUGAAAGUAGCAGUGAAGAAAUUAUCCAGACCCUUCCAGUCCAUCAUCCACGCAAAGAGAACGUACAGAGAACUGCGGCUUCUGAAACACAUGAAGCACGAAAACGUGAUCGGCCUCCUAGAUGUGUUCACACCAGCGACCAGCCUAGAUGAGUUCAACGACGUAUACUUGGUGACACAUCUAAUGGGAGCAGACCUCAACAACAUUGUGAAGUGUCAGAAGCUGACUGAUGACCAUGUGCAGUUCCUUAUCUACCAGAUUCUGAGAGGCUUAAAGUACAUCCACUCGGCAGGCAUCGUCCACAGAGACUUGAAGCCCAGUAAUUUGGCUGUGAAUGAAGACUGUGAGCUCAAGAUCCUCGACUUUGGCUUGGCGAGGCACACAGACGAUGAAAUGACGGGAUACGUGGCCACCCGGUGGUACCGAGCCCCAGAGAUCAUGCUCAACUGGAUGCACUACAACAUGACAGUGGAUAUUUGGUCGGUGGGAUGCAUCAUGGCGGAACUACUUACGGGACGGACACUUUUCCCCGGCACGGACCACAUUGAUCAGUUGAAGCUUAUAAUGAUGCUGGUGGGAACCCCAGGGCCCGAGCUCUUGAUGAAAAUCUCUUCAGAGUCUGCAAGGAACUACAUCAACUCACUUCCCCACAUGCCCAAGAGGAACUUUGCUGAUGUCUUCAUUGGAGCAAAUCCUUUAGCGGUGGACUUGCUAGAAAAGAUGUUGGUGCUGGACACGGACAAGCGGAUCACGGCGUCCGAAGCGCUGGCCCAUCCCUACUUCGCUCAGUACCACGACCCAGACGACGAGCCCGAAGCCGAGCCGUACGAUCAGAGCUUCGAGAGCCGGGAGCUGGAAAUCGAGGAGUGGAGGAGUCUAAUCUACGACGAGGUCCUCAGCUUCGAGCCGCCAUCUUUAGACGGAGACGAGAUGGAGUCGUGAGGGGGAGGCGGCUUCCCUCUCCACCUUAAAGACUCUUUCCAAGCGACCAUCUUCAUCCACUGCUUUCAUGAUGCACACACAACAGUCAAGUGCCUGCCGUCAUUCAUAUCUGAGGGAUGUCAGGGGUGGGGGCGGGGUUUCGCAUUCUGUUCCGGCUUCCACGAUCCGCUGUUUAUGUUGUAGAUGCGCCGAGGCCGACUGUAACCGUCCUCAAACCCCACACCAACCAUUUCCAUAUUUAACUGUUAUUUUUCCACAUGUACGAUUACAUUUUUAAAGGAAUGACACCAGAUGAGAUUUAGUUUAUUUUACUGCAUUCAAAGGAACGUGGUAUUUGUACACAAAGGUAUAACUGAGCUGAUUUUACAGCACACAGUAUUUGUACAUUAGUAGUUCUGACGACACACUUCCAUCAUUUCUUGAGGAAUACACUAGACAAUCUCCUUCAUAGUACGGAUUUUAUUACCCCAGUUUAUCCUAAAAUAGCAUCAAUAAAUCUGUGUAAUUUAUUACAAGUAUUUAUAGAAAAGGAUAAGAGAAUAAAAGCUUCACUUUAGGAAGAGAAAUUCAAUCUUCCUUUUUGUGGAUUUGUUGACUUGCUUCUUCUUUACAGUAUCAGUUCAGAUGUUAUCAGUUCCCACUUCUGUUUUAGCAGUUUUAUGAUCACCACAGCAGCAGCAGCAGGCGGAGGAGGAGGACGGGUAGAUUAUUCAUUCAAAGUUGGUGUUUUCCAGCAGAGCAUCGCCUAACAAUGUAAAUGAAUCAUUAUGCAUUUAUAUACCACAGUACUAUGUUUAUUGAAUGUUUUGGGAAAACAGUUAUAUUUAUGAUCCUUUCUUAUACUGUUUGUAUAUCGUUGUAAAGAACUAUAUUAUUUGUUGAAUUAAUUUUUUUUCUAAUUUAUGAAGAGCUUAUUGUAUUAGAAAUCAGAAAUGUCAUCAUUAAUUCAGUUCUUAUAUCCUAACAGAAGGAAUUUACCAUAUUUGCAUAAGUAUCAAGAAAUGAAAUCAAAGUCACCACUUUUAGUGAGUUUAAACCACUAAUUCUUUCUCUAUCAAGGCAUACUUUCUGAAAUGAGAGAUUACAUUUAUGCUGCAUUCAAACUGUGGACUUAUUCAGUUGCAGCUGUUCCAUGUAGUUUGAUAUCUGCUGUAUUAUUUUAAUCUGUGUGUGUUGAAUCGAGAUUUGACGUCACUCUGUGAUUCUGUAAUGUUUUAGCACUAUGAUCAUUUCAGGACACACAAGUCUGUUUGCUCACUGGAUGCUGCCGCCUCUGACGUGGAGAUUUUUACACCAUUUGAUAUUUAUUUGACUCCUAUCCCACUGUUAGUAUGUCCUUUUUUUAAAUUUUUUUUUUUGCUUUGCUUUGCUUAUUUUUCCUGUUUGUUUUUGUUGACCACAUGUACCGAGGCAUCAGGCCAUGCCAUCUGUAAAUACCACCAUAAGAAAUAAAGGUUACUAUUUUUCAAAGAU